ACUUCUGAUUUGAACCCUCUUUAUGGAUUUAUGGGAAGCUGGAAGGAAAACAGGAAGAGCUCCGUUAAAAGCAGAGGACAGUGAGUGUGUGGGACAUUUGGACCUAAAGAGGAUCACCAUGAAGUCUCUGCUGGUUCUGUCACUGAGCCUCACAGUGGCUCUGGGAAAACCGCUGCUUCAUGCCGAGCAAAGUCCCGCUCUCACACAAGGAAAUCUGAGCCCUCUACUGGGGGACUUUGUUCCUGCACAGGGUCAUGUGGAGGUGGAGAAUCCUGCCCCCCAACCUGCCCUGACACCCAAGGAGGGGCAGAAACCACCAGCUCCAGAAGACCAAAAACUCACAGAGAAUAUGGUUGAACUUGAAGUUAAGGUAAAGCCAGAAGUCCAGAAGACGAAGGAGCUGGAAGCAGCUGAGGAAGAGGAGGAGAAGCUGGUAGGAGGAGGAAUUGUAGAACUGAAGCUUGAGGUGAAGCCUGCAGCAGAAGGGGCAGAAAAGGAAGCUGAGUUAAAUGUGAUGAAAGAGGAGGAAGACAAAACAGAACCAGAGAAGGAACCUGUUGAAUCAGAGCCAGGUUUGAAGGAGGAAUCAGAGGUAAAGGUGGAUGAAGCAAGUCUGAGCGAGCCAGAAGAUGUGGAAGCAGCUGCAGCAGAAGAGGACCAACAUGAAGCUCAAGCGCAGUCUGAGGAUGAAGAUGACACCGAUUUUAAGGUGGAAUCAGAGACUAAGGUCGAACUAGAGACUCAAGAAAAGGAAGAAGAACAGUUUGAGUCUGCUCAAGAGAAGUUUGAUGUUCAGAUGAAUCUGGAUGAAGGAAGGGAGCAAAUGGAGACGACAGAAUGGCACAUAGACAUGGAACGGCCACCUGAAGAGUUGGGUCAUCCUCUCGUGGAAUCGCCGGAGGAUGAUGACAGCCUUGAAGAUGAAGAUGACGACUCGGUUCUAUUUGGGGAUCAAGAACAGGAGGACGAGGAGCUGAACAAUCAUUUAGAUGCCUCAGAGAUGGAGCCUGAAACUGCCGUGGAGGAGGAACCAGAUGUACAUCAGAUGUUUCAGCAAAAUUCAGAGCCUUUACCAGAUAAAGACGAGCCUUUGGUGGUGCAAGAACCAAGAGGGAUGGAUCUAGAGGAAGAAGAAGAACCAGAGAAAAAUCCUCAGACUGAAUCUGGAAAGUUUAACGAUUUCACGUGCUGGACCCCCCAGGCCUUCGUCUGCUCCUAUCCUUACCAUUGAGUCUGCAGGAUCAUUUUCACUCUGCUUUUCUAACUGAUCCGUUGAUGUGUUGGUUUCAUUUAUUAAUUUUUGCCAUUUAAAAUUAGCACAGAAUAAAAUGUGAUUUUUUUUAAGACUAUUAAAAUCAUAGUAUCUUAUUAAUAAGU